GAUCUGCCAAGAAAAAACUUUGAUGUUUUGUCCUUCUGUAUUUCCUGCUCAGAUCUCAGCGACUCCAGUUUGAUGUCUCAUCUCCCAAUGGCAUCUUACUUUUCCGAGAAACCAGCAAGAUGAUAACAAUGUAUGGCAAUCGUAUCCUGACACUAGGAGAGGUGCCAAAGGAUCAAGUCUAUGCUUUGAAGCUCAAGGGUAUCUCCAUCUGCUUCUCCAUGCUGAAAGCUGCUCUCAGUGGAAGUUACGUCAAUUUUGGGGUCUUCCGUCUCUAUGGAGAUGAUGCAUUGGAAAACGCCCUACAGACUUUCAUCAAACUGCUCCUCUCUAUUCCUCACAGUGACCUCCUGGAUUACCCCAAACUCAGCCAGUCUUACUAUUCACUACUGGAAGUCCUGACCCAGGACCAUAUGAACUUUAUUGCAAGCCUGGAACCUCAUGUCAUUAUGUACAUCCUCUCUUCUAUUUCUGAAGGACUUACUGCACUUGGUAAGGACCUAGGAUGUCUGGUGUAUGCCAUUUACCAAUGUCUAAAACCAUUGCUGAUGUAAAAUGUUGACCUUGAC